UCGAAAUAGAAAAAAGUCUAACACUUUAUGAAAAAAUGGGAGAAACCAUUUCUGCUGCAGCUUCAUCCUCAGCAUCUAAAUUGAAGAAUCAAGAAGAUAGUUUUUACCUUCAUAUGCAUCCUCACGAGCUACACUUUCCACUUGAAUUGAAGAAAAAUAUCUCAUGUUGUUUGCAGUUGUCCAACAAGUCAGAUAAUUAUUUGGCUUUCAAGGUUAAAACUACAAUUCCUGAGAAAUAUUGUGUUAGGCCUAAUAUUGGAGUUAUGUUGCCUAUGUCUACUUGUGAUAUUAUAGUUACAAUGCAAGCCCUAGAGGAGGCACCUCCUGACAUGCAAUGCAAAGAUAAGUUUCUCCUUCAAAGCAUAGUUGCAAGGCCUGGAGCUACCACUAAAGAUAUCACUUCAGAUAUGUUUUAUAAAGAUUCCGGAUAUGAAGUUAAAGAGUCCAAAUUUAGAGCUGUUUGUGUUGCUCCUCCUCCUUCUCCUAACCCACCAUUAUCAGUUCAUGCAUCUGAAUCUUUAGAUCAGGAAAAGAAACAAAUUUCAGAGUUAACUGAAGAGAGAGAUUAUCUUAAGAAGGGAAAUAAAAGGCUUCAGCAAGCACUGGCAGAACUACAAAUUUCAAAGUUAACUAAGGAGAGAAAUGAUGUUAAUGAGAAAAAUAAAAAGCUUGAGCAAGAAGUGAAUACCUUGAUUGUGAAGAGUCAGGCGCGUCAGGCCAAAAACGAUUGUUGCUGUUGUAUAUUGUAGAUAACUUGAUGAAAUUAUCAUGGUCAGUCAUGAGGCGUAAGAGACGUAAUAAUAUUAUUUUAAAAAUAAUAUAUUACUCCCAACUCCAUAAAAUAACUUUAUCUCUCUUCAAAAGAUAUAUGUUUAUUAACUUAUUGGUUGGAUGGAUCACCCUUGAAGUUGCCAACAAACUAAUAAAAAUUGUUCUAUUUUUUAGGGAAACGAAAGUGGAUAAAUUUUUUAUUUGUUCAACAUUAAGGCACGUAUCUGUGUUGUUAUUUGUUCAAUCAAAUCAUACUAAAUAUAUAGCUGUAAAGAUAUUGAAGGAACUAAUGGAAAAGAUGGCAUCAAAAUAUGAUUUUACAUUGA